AUGAACAAUAACAGCUGCAACCUCCCGUUGGACACGGACACAUUCGGCCUGACCUGUAUCUACGGCCUCAUCUUCUCUCUGGGUCUCCCCAGCAACCUGCUGUCUCUCUGGGGACUGUAUCAACUGGGUCGCUCAGGCGGAGGAGGCUGCCAGCUGGUCUACAUCCUCAACCUGCUGCUGUCAGACCUCCUCCAGCUGCUCACCCUGCCACUGUGGAUCCUCUACCUCCAGGGCGGGCACAGCUGGCCCUACGGCCAUCUGACCUGCGAGCUGGUCGGCUAUGUGUUCUACGUGAACGUCUACGCCAGUGUCAUGUUCCUGUGUCUUAUAGCGCUGGACCGCUGCCUGGCAAUUGUGUACCCACUGAGCAGCCGCAGGGUGCGGAGUGUUAAGGUGGCAGCAGUGUCCGGUGUGGCGGUCUGGACCCUCACCUUCCUGUUCUGCCUGAGCGGGCUGCUGCCGUCUGUGUUUGACUCUGACAGACUGCUGUGUCUGGAGCAGUACCCCGUCAGUCCUAGAUAUGCCCAGUUCAAGAUCACCAGUGUGGUCCUCGGUUUUCUGCUGCCAUGUGCCAUACUAGGCUACACCUCAGCCCACAUCGGGGUCACACUCAGGCGAUCUCCCUCCCUCUCCGACCACGAGCGCCACAAAAUCGUGGGCAUCCUGGUUGUCAUCACAAUCAACUUCAUCGUCGUCUUUGGGCCCUACCACCUCGUGGGCGGAUACAGGUUUGUGUCCCUGCUGCUGACGGAUGAACCGUGUGGUUUUGAGCAUUCCAUUUUCCUCAUCUAUCGCCUGUGCUACGGCCUGACCAGCCUGAACACCCUUCUGGACCCCCUGUUCUACAUCUUCCUGUGCGCUGACGCCCGGCUGGAGCUGCAGAGGUCCCUGCCUUGCUUGGGGCGGCGCCAAAACCCCCGCGGAAAAGAAGCCCUCAGUGCCAGACCUCAGCCAGACAACCCUGGGGGGGAGUGA